CUCGUGGAUGUGGAAGGUCACCACCGGAAGAAGGUCAUAGGCAUUACAUUCAAGAUGGCGACCCCCUUGUGUCAGUGUUACCAGAUAUGUGUAAGAAGAGGCUUGGUGGCUUUCCCUUCCUCUUACCUGCUGCUUCACAACAGACCCAAUGUCUACAGGAUACGUGGGGCCCUCACCUGUUCUUCUCAGGUGCUUCAGUCACCCCUCCUGCAGGUAAGGUAUUUGUCAGGGGAGAGAGGCGGUGGCAGAAAAGGUUUCCUGGGGGAGUUUCUAGACAACCUGAAGCAGGAGCUAAACAAGAACAAGGAAAUGAAGGAAAACAUCCAAAAGUUCCGGGCAGAGGCCAAAAAACUGGAGGAGUCGGAUGCAUUGAAACAAGCCAGAAGAAAAUAUAAAACUAUAGAGUCUGAAACUGUGAAGACCUCCGAGGUUCUCAAGAAGAAGUGGGGAACCAUCUCUGAGUCAGUCAAAGAGGGGUUUGGGGAUGUCACUCGUACAGAAAUUGGGAAAAAAAUCAAGGAGGGAAUGGAGGGAGCAGCCAAAACAGCGAAGACCUCAGCAGAGAGCGUCUCUAAAAGUGGAGAGAUGUUGGGGAAGACCGGCACGUUCAGAGCAAUAUCACAGGGCAUGGAGAGUGUGAAGAAAGAGAUUGGUGACUUGGGUCACGCUGGACCUUAUCGGCCUCCUGCAAGACUCAGGAAGAGGAGUGAGUUCUCCUCCAAGGGGGCAGGGGAUGACACCAAGGUCUUCGAAGCCAACGAGGAAGCUAUGGGUGUGGUGCUCCACAAAGACUCAAAGUGGUACCAGCAGUGGAAGGACUUCAAAGACAACAAUAUGGUCUUCAACAGGUUCUUUGAGAUGAAGAUGAAGUAUGAUGAGAGUGACAACGCGCUGAUCAGAGCAUCUCGUGCCGUCACCGACAAAAUGACAGACCUCAUAGGUGGGCUGUUUUCUAAGACAGAGAUGUCUGAAGUGUUAACAGAGAUUUUGAAGGUGGACCCAUCUUUUGACAAAGAUUCUUUCCUCAAGCAAUGUGAACGAGAUAUCAUCCCCAAUAUACUGGAGGCAAUGAUCAGAGGGGAGCUGGAGGUACUAAAGGACUGGUGUUAUGAAGCGACAUACAGCCAGCUGGCACACCCACUUCAGCAAGCCAAGGCCAUGGGACUUCAGUUUCACUCUAAGAUCCUGGACAUUGACAAUAUUGAUUUGGCCAUGGGAAAGAUGAUGGACCAGGGUCCGGUGCUGAUUAUAACCUUCCAGGCUCAAUUAGUCAUGGUGAUCCGAAACACCAAAGGAGAGGUGGUGGAGGGAGACCCCGACAAAGUGCUCAGGAUGAUGUACGUGUGGGCUCUGUGUCGAGACCAGGAGGAGCUCAACCCAUAUGCUGCCUGGAGACUACUUGACAUCUCCGCCUCCAGCACAGAACAGAUCCUCUAAGACUUUUUGAUACACACAAAACACUCAGCCCGGGAGAGAACAUACUGUACCUGAACAGACCCUGGAGCUGACUGGGAAAGAAAAGGGGUGGGGGAGGAAUGCACAUGGAGAGGAGGGGACAGACAAAUGGGACAUGGGCUCACUUCACCCCAAAAACAUUGUGGAGUGGUGUUGCUAAACGUUUGAUGCUUCACACUGGCUUUGGGUUCAGUCACUGCAAUCCCUGGUUUUUCUUUGAAUGCCUUUUCUAACCGUUCCUCUGGCUCACACUAGGGGGCGGUAGACAACUAACAACUCUCAUCUACCGUAUUUUCUGCCAAGCCCUUUUUCCAUUUAUUUAAACUGUAUGGUGCAGGGCAACCAUUGUUGGCAGUUACGGUAUAAAUUAAUUUAUUUAACUUGAACUUAUGAAUAUGAAAAAAGGAAAUGUGGAAAUAAAGGGAGCUGAUUUGUAAUCAAGCCCCUGAGCUACACUUUGGUGUCAGUAUCUCAACAAUCUCAGACGUCUCUGCCACCUUCCUCUGUCCCAUCUGUCCCUUAUACUCUCUUUUCCUCUAUGAGACGUCGCUAUCUUGGUGGUUGGUGGCCAAUCAGUGCUCUCCUAGAUCCUUGUUUGUAUAAUUAUUGUCCAAUUUAAUUGUUAAACAUGUGAGAAAGUCUAUAUUUAUUAUGAAAAAUAAAGAUGACCCCUGUUUUUCACACUAGCAGACAUUUUUGAAAAAAAAUGUAUAUCAAAUAUUUUUUACUUUGUACCCUGCAAAUGGUUAAGCUUCUCUUCUGAUCGGGAGGGUAUCGUGAUUCCUUUUAGGGCAGUUGCUAAUUAUUUUUUUAGAUUAAAUCCUCAAGUGGGAUUUUAGUGUUUGCUAUAAUAUUUCCUUUGGGAAAAAUGCUGCUUCUGAGAGAUUUUUCUACAGUUGUAUUUCCAGAGCAGAGCUAGAGCACUCAUUUGCUUUGAGUGACGUUUAGCUGCCUAUGUAAACCAGAUUGUAGUGAACAUGAUCAUUUUGACAGCUGUCUUGGUCUAUGGGGUACACAGGAACACAGAGAUCAUCUCUUACCCAGACCAAAUUAGAUUAAAAGUGAGAUUUAUCUUUACCUCAGUGUACAUUAACACUACGUGCCAUCAGACAGUUUUGUUCGCAGCAUUCAGGUGACACAUCCUUUUGACCUUCAGUGUUUUGGAGGCUUAUAAGUAUCUCCUAUAUGUGUUCACUGUGCCAUGUCAUUGUCCUACACACCAGGGCCAUAUGGGCUACUAUCAACAACCCAAAGCUCCUCUCUUUAUGGGCUAAAUGGCACACAUUUCACCAAAUCUCACCAGUCAUCUCUCAGGCUUGUCAGAUCUGUCAUAACAAGUCCUGGACGGUGGGGAUAGAGGUCGCCUCUGCACACUGUCUGCCUGUCUUUGAAAACCCUCAGCUGGCUGUCUGGGCAAAUAUAUUCUACUGCAAAACUCUUAGUGUGACUCUCUAAAUUGACGAGUUAUUUGGAUUCAUAGGAUUUCGCCUAAUUACAUUUUAUUUUAUAAACACAUUAAAUGGUGUUUAUUUUGUGUUGGUAACCAUUUAGUCCUCAUUUGUUCCCGGCACAGUUCAUAUAAGGUCAGAGAAUGUUGUAAACAAAGCUACGUCACACUGAGCCUUUUUCUCUCGUCAUCUAUAUGUCAUCUUAUCUAUAUAUUUCCACUCUGUAAGAUGUCACCACCUCAAUUAAAAUGUCUGAAUUGCUAUCACCCUGAUAA